UGUAUGCAAUAAAUGUAAAUGAUAAUAGGAAAUUUAGGUUAAAUUGACUUGUUGAUUAUUUGACACGAUAAUGUUUAUAGUUUAAUUUUUUUAUUCAAUCAAUAUCCAUUAUAAUAAAUUACAAUUAAAAUGAACACGAAAGAGUAGGUAGUCGUGAAGACAUAUGGGAAGAUGGCAACUGAGAAUGUAGAUUAUGAAAAACAAUUUCAAGAGGACUUGGAGCGUGCACAGGCACUUAGCCUGGAGUCAUUGGCGUUGGAACAAUUUAGAAACCAAAAACGCUUACAGGAACUCAACAUAUCCACAAAAAAUGUUUCGACUAGAACGAAAAUCAUUAAAAAUACUUCAGUUUUGCGCACAUCGUCUAUGAAUGAAUCGGACUGCGGUCCUGCCAGACCCGAACGACAUCAUAUAAAAUCUAGACCUAGACCUGGUGCAACAAGUACCAGCCCUGCAAAUUCAAUAAUUGCACCACCUCCAUCAUCGCAACGUCGAAAUAGCACAACUUCUAUUACAUCUGAUGAAAGUACUGCAGAUCUAAUAUCGUUCACUAGCCCUCCAUCAAGCAGCAUUUUAGACCUUUACGAUGAUGGACCCAAUAUGUCGGUCAAUGGAAAACAAUUGCCCAAUCCAACUGCGAAUAUCUUGCGCGAAUAUCAAAUGAGGCAAUAUCAUACUCAACCUUCGCCAUUGCUAAACAAUUUAUUUCAAAGCAAAACUAACCAGCCCCUCGGUCGCCCAAUUGGCUGGCAAUUUAAUACAGGCUAUACAUCUUCGAGUAGUGUGAGCUCAGUUUCCAGCGCUAUGCAAAGUCCUACUCUGGGAAUUACUAGCAGUUCUGUGAUCAUCCCUGCAAAUAUUGGGUGGAAUAUUUCUACACCUCCACCUCCUCCUACAAAACAGAUUAACAUUCUUUCAAGUAAUGAAUCUGACCAAGAAAAGGCACCAGCAUUACCUCCUCGAAACCAACAGAGUACACCUCCGACAAUCCCUGUACCAUCUUCAUCUAGCAAACAGAAACUACGAAACAUCACAACCAAAAACAUGAAACUCAGUUAUAAUUUGAUUGAUCUAACACCAUCAAACCUUGAUGAUAAAAAUAGUGUAAGAGUUAGUAUCCUGGAGGCGUUUGAUCCUCUAUUGACUAGUUCUGAAAGUGGAAGUUUAAGUCCGGAAUGUCCAGACGAUGCAGUCUCUGUAUGUGAUAGUGUUUACGACGAAUAUGAUCCCUAUGAUUUUAUUUAUUCUGGAUCAGGUAGCAAUAGUACAUCUGAUCCUAUGUAUGCUGCUGUUAUAAAGUCCAAAACCGAAACUGGGGUAUUGUCCUCUACAUCCACUUUGUCUCGCAGAGCUCAACUGUCUACAAUGGAACGGCAAAAGAGCAAGGACUUACUUGUAAAGAAGAAGUCGUUUUUGUAUGACAAUAUUAUCUUACUUGAACAAAAUUCUAACGAUUCCGAUUUAGAGGCAUUUUAUAAAACUGUACUUAACUUAAGAUGUAGAUUUCGGUACGAUGACCCAGAUACAAAUAUGGGUUUAGUAAUUAGUCCUCUAAUGUCACAUCAGUAUCGUGAGGGUACUAGCAUAAAGGUUUGCAUUUACCCACAUUACGUAGGUGCUGAUUCUACGAAACCUGUUAGCUUUACCUGUGAUGUAACUUCAAGUGUCGAACACAUAACUCUUCAUGUGACCUGUGAAUUGGAAGCCCCAUCAGAAGAUGAAUACACCUUAAAGGUUUGGGGAUAUAAUGAAUAUUUGGCACCCACAACCUUAUUAUCAGAUUAUGAAUAUGUACAUAAUUGCAUUAAAUUAGAGGAAGAUGUACUGUUAAUAUUGGUACCUGAUAGACUAGUGGACAGAUCAUUCGCAAGAACUCCUCAAGAUGACAAUCGGGACAAGGAUAUAAAGUUUCAGGAUAUAAUUCCCACAGAAACUGAUGCUCCACUAACUUAUGAUAAUUUAAAAAUUCUACUUGAAACGUUAGAAAAAGAAAUGGAAAAAAUCGAACAGACUGCUGUUCAAAUUGAAAAACCUACCAACUCUAGCUUUAUUCCGCAGUUACAACCGUCAGGUGUUAUACAAUCGAUAAAACUGGUUGUGAAACUACUUGGCACUGUGGAAACAUUAGAUAUAUCAGAAGCUUUGGAUAAUUUAAAGGAAUGUUGUCAAAAGUUUGUCCCACAAGUUAAUCAGACAAAAAGUUGGAUGAACGAAUCAGUUUCACUAUCCAUAAGUACCACAUGUGAUAAAAUUAGAUUUGCCAUUCGAGGCCUUCUAGAAAUAUACUGUCAAGCGUUUCACGUUAACUUUAAAUUAAGUAAUAGUAGCACCGAUCAUAUUUCUAAUGUUAAUUCCACAGAAGUCUUAGAAUCCAUUCUGGUUAGAGUUUGUGCAGUUCAUAGGCCGCUCCCUGAUUGGAAACAUGAUGAUUUUAUCAUUGCAGCUCAAGUAUACCAUGGUACUCGUCCACUUGGUCAGCCUGUGCUUUCUCAGCCAUGUCAAGUUACUCACAGUUUAUAUUCGAGAAUUCUUUUUAAUUGUUGGUUGGAAAUGGAAGAUAUCUUAAUAAGUUCUUUAGCUAGAGAAGCAAGACUGGUGUUUGUUUUGUAUGGUCGUACACUUCAACAGCAAGAUUCUAAUGACAGCGGUAGUUUGCCUCAAUACAAACAAGAAGAGUUGGGAUGGGCAGCGAUACAAUUUUUUAAUUACGAAGGGAUUAUGAUCCAAGGAAAUUCUCUACUUUCAAUUUGGCCAAAGGAAUCCAAUUAUAUCUACGGACCUGCACCUAGUGCUGGUAUUCACCCUUAUUGUGAUCAUGCUGUGUUGGGAAUAGAAAUGACCACACCUCCAAAAAUUGUUUUUCCUGUGGUUCCGCAACUAACAUCUGCAGAAGUUAUGAAAGGAGAUUUCAAUAGUCUCGAUUUACAAACUCAACAACAACUGUUAGAGAUAACAGAACAGGAUAUGUUGUUCAAAGCCCCCACAGAAGUUCGCGAGGUGUUGUGGGAAAAACGCCAUUAUCUCUAUAGUAUACCUACCGCAUUACCAAAAGUAUUGUUGGCUGCGCAUAGUUGGGAAUGGGCAUUUCUCUCCGAUCUUCAUGGCAUGCUAAGAUGUUGGAAACCUAUGUUACCUGUUCAAGCUAUUCAACUGUUGCUACCUACUUUUCCAGAUAUGGAGGUACGCAAGUUGGCUGUGAAGUGGCUGCGUGGAAUCAGAAGCGACGAAUUAGUCGACUACUUACCACAAUUAGUAGUUGCGUUACGUCACGAGACCUACGAAAACUCGCCAUUGGCACAUUUUCUAUUAGAUAGGUCACUUAGAUCUCCAAGAGUUGCUCAUCACUUGUUUUGGUUACUUAGCCAUAGUUUACCUGGCUCAAUGCCACAAAAUUGGUCAGCAGAAGUUAUCGAGAAGGAUGUUUCUAUGAUAAGUGAGGCCAGGUAUCAUCGACGUAUGACUUUGCUGCUACGAGCUCUUUUAGCCAUAAGUGGAGCGUCACUUAGAAAAUGUUUCUUGUCACAGCAGUUGCUUGUUAAGGAAUUAAAUGAAGUCGCUGAAACCGUACAAAAAACAAAAGAAUCACAACGUCUUACUGUGAUGUGCAAUGCGUUGGAAAAUGUUCACCAAAAUUUAGUUGACAAUUCAACUAGUCUACCAUUAUCACCUACACUUCAAGUAUCAGGCAUACAAGUUCGGAGCUGUUCCUAUUUUCCAUCCAACACCCUUCCAUUAAAAAUCAAUUUCUUAGCCCGUGAUGGUUCGGUAAUACCCGCGAUUUACAAAGUCGGCGAUGAUUUGCAGCAAGAUCAAUUAACAUUGCAAAUUGUGCGCAUUAUGGAUAAGAUGUGGCUGCGGCAAGGUUUAGAUUUGAAAAUGGUAACGUUUUUAUGUAUUCCUACCGGAAACAAACGAGGAAUGAUUGAAAUGGUUACCAAAGCGGAGACGUUGCGAAAAAUUCAAGUGGAGCACGGUUUAACCGGUUCAUUUAAGGAUAAACCCAUAGCCGAGUGGCUUGCAAAACAUAAUCCGUCGGAGUUGGAGUAUGGACGCGCCGUUGAGAAUUUCACAGCUUCUUGUGCCGGAUAUUGCGUUGUGACUUAUGUUUUGGGUGUGGGAGAUCGGCAUAAUGACAACAUUAUGCUCAAAACUUCCGGUCAUUUGUUCCACAUAGAUUUUGGAAAAUUUCUAGGAGAUGCUCAAAUGUUUGGAAACUUUAAACGAGAUCGUAGUCCAUUUGUGUUAACUUCCGACAUGGCAUAUGUGAUAAAUGGUUGUGAUAGACCAUCGGAAAAGUUUCACAAAUUUGUAGACCUCUGCUGUCAAGCGUUUAAUAUAGUUAGGAAUAAUGGCAAUCUAUUUUUGCAUUUAUUUACUUUGAUGGCUUCUUCGGGUAUUCGAGGGGUGACUACGGAGGCAGUAAGCAACCUGCACAAAGCUCUACUACCGGGCCUCUCAAAUCCUGAGGCAGCUGCCUAUUUCGCCCGACUUAUUGAGAGUUCGCUCAAAUCAUGGUUUACGCAGGUGAACUUCUUCCUACAUAAUUUGGCUCAACUCAAAUUUACCGGUGAUCAUGGUGAUAACCAGCUUUUGUCAUUUGUACCAAAAACUUAUAGCAUGGCUACAGAUGGAAAAUUGGUCCACGUUUCGGUGAUAGGGUUUAGAAAGAGGUAUGAUCCUGAUAAAUAUUAUGUUUACAUACUUAGGGUGGAGCGAGAAAACCAAGGACAGCACUUAGAUGUGCUGCGCACAUAUAAAGAAUUUUGCGAAUUGCACCAAAAGCUUUGUUUACAUUUUCCAUUGGCAAAGCUGCACAGCUUAUCAACUGGGCUCCACAUGGGUAGAUCAAAUAUUAAACAAGUUGCAGCAAAACGUUUACACGACGUCAGUCUAUUUAUUAGAUCGCUUUUCCAAACGGCAGACGAAAUUGCUCAUUCUGAUCUUGUAUAUACCUUCUUUCAUCCUCUUCUAAGAGACCAACAGAUACCCGACCAAUUUUCGAGAAAAGCUAAAGAUCGGAGGUUUGAUGAACGAAACGACAUUGGAAAAUUGAAGGGGCAAUUAAAAUUGACCACUCAUUUCAGUCGAGGAAUUUUUACUGUCAUGGUUCAUCAUGCUAGAGGGCUUCCCCUCGUAGGUAACGCUCAAGAACCGUCAACGUAUGUUAAGGUCUACUUGCAACCUGAUCCAACGAAGACGACCAAACGCAAAACAAAGGUUGUGAAGCGGAACUGUCAUCCAAGCUUUAUGGAAAUGUUGGAGUACAGAAUGGCCCUCGAUAUUAUUAAGCAAAGGGUGUUGAAAGCCACAGUUUGGAAUCAUGAUCCGCUACAAGAGAACGAAUUCCUGGGAGGUGUGGAAUUAAAUUUAAACGAGUUUGACCUCUGUAAGGAAAUGACUGAAUGGUAUUCGCUCACUAACUUAAGCAGAUAGCAGUAUUGGCAUAUGUAUGUACAAAAAUGGUAGCAGUAUUUAUGAUUUUAUACAUAUACAAAAUAUUUGCAUUUAAAUAUUUCAUCAUCUACAUUUUUUAAGUUUUUAUAGUGGGCUCUUGCUCUUGAAAUAGGUGAUUCGCACAAUUAAACUGUAAAAGCGUUCAUUUGCUUACUUUUAUUUGUUUUGGUUAUUAUACCUAACGCUUUUUGUAACUGAAACAAUAUAAUCCCAAAGCCACCUCAAUUUC